AUGGCUUGGACCUCAACCCACGGCAUCGGAGCCAUCCUAGGAUCAGGCUCAAAGUUCAACAUCGCAGUCAAACCGGGGUUUGCUCUCAUCACCCCCAGCGACGCCAGUCAACUCAGCGGAGAGAUCCACUUUCAGAUCCCCCGCCCACCAAAAGGCUACAACUCCGUCUACGCCAUCAAGCUGGAGUUCUCUUCGCAAUCCGCCUCCGUGGACAGCUUCGCCGUCUACAUCGGGAACAAGAACAAGCAAUCGGAAUCGAACCUGCAGUGGACUACGACGGAACAAUCUAGGUUCGCCAACGUACUGGCCCUGGGAGAGGAAAGUGGAAUUGAAGUGGUCAUUGGGAUUUCUUUUGAUGCCAUCGGCUCUUUGCUUAAGUUUCAGUCCGUCGAUGUUAAGUAUGAUUGA